UCUCGCGUGUUUUUUUGCAGCCGUGCAUGGUGCCCUUGCGCAGUUGCGGCUCAAUGUCAGUGCUCGAAACCUUUGAGACCAGGAGGAUUUGUACUUCAUGUGCAGAAGAAUUGCCCAAGGAGCAGUUUUCCGGCUCACAAUGGCGAAAGGAGAGUUCACGCUGUAAAAACUGCAUCCGCACGACAAAGAAUCCUCCAAAGAUCACAGACUCAAGGCUUCUGGACUUUGUGGAAGAGUGCCAAAGGGCAAAGGAGCAGUACAAGCAAUCGCAAACUCAUGUCGUGAGCGAAAUUACUCCCUGGCUGUGCCUUGGCGGUGCAUUGCAAGAUGGUGCAUGGCAGCUGGAGAAGACAACCCAUGGGAUUUGUGCAGCGUUGGAGCGAAAUGUUUCGCCAGUCAUGAAGAAGCUCGAGCAUUUGCUGAUCCUCAACCUUGAGGACAAAGGAAGCGAAGCAGAAUGUCUUACAGCCUUCAAGAUUGCAGUGGCAUUUGCUCAAAAAGCCUUGGAGGAACCUGAAUGCAAGAUCUACGUGUUCUGUGCACUGGGUUGCAACCGCUCUGCCAUCAUUGUCAUGGCACUUCUCAUGGCCGUUGAAGGUUUAUGCAGCUCGAUCUACAGGUUGAAUUUGUAGUGUGCCUUUAGAUCUUGCCCUGUUCCGCUAGCAAGCCUGGCAGCAUGAUGUCACUUCUGAGAGCAAUCUGUGUUUUUGUUGCUCCGUGGUGAGGUACAUGCGGGUACUGGCCGACUUUGAAAUUGAACUUGGACGAGAGUGCUCUCGACCAGAGUUUUUGGAAGCUCCAGACUCAAAGUCAAUUGGGGCUUUGUUCUGAAGCUGGCCAAGCCAGUGUAGGACACCUUCUCAAGGUUUGAAUUGAUUGGAAGCUGCAGCCCAACCGAAUGGUCGAUGAUCCAAAAUAGUUACAUUGUAAAAGUAUG